CUCAGUCGGAGGCAUCGCUGGGUCCCACAAACAGGUUCGGCGGAGCUCCCUGGCACCAAUCUGUUGGCUGUGGAAGAGUUGCCAUCCCAGGAGAUCUCCAGCCACCACCUGAAGACUUGGCAAUGUUUGGGACUGUGGUCAUCGGGGUUGGAAUUGCUGGGUCGGUGCGGAUCCGAGACUUGCUGAAUCCUUUGCCUUCCAGUCCUGCAGAGCAUCUUAAACUCGUGGGCUUUGUGUCUAGGAGACCGCUAGGCAAUGUUCACCAGGCCAAUCAAAUCAGUUUACAAGAAGCUCUCGACAACAAGGAGAUCCACGCUGCCGUCAUCAGCACCGACAACAGAAACCACGAGGAGAGCAUUAGGAUGUUCCUGGAGGCUGGAAAACACGUCCUUGUUGAGUACCCCAUGGCAUUGUCUGCGAAGACAGCACAUAAGCUCUGGGAGAUGGCAGAGCAGAAAGGUAAAGUUCUUCAUGUAGAGCAUAUCGAGCUUCUUACAGAGGAGUACAAGCAGCUGAAGAAGGAGGUCGAGGGGAAGGAGCUUGUGAAGGGAACACUGCACUUCACAGGCGGUCCGUUGGAUGAAGAGCGUUCAGGGUUUCCCGCUUUCAGUGGGAUCGCUCGCCUGACUUGGCUGGUUGACCUUUUUGGAGACCUCACUGUCACGUCUGCUGUGAGGGAGGAGCAGAAAGAGAAGAAUUACUCCAGGAUGACCGCGCAGUUUCAGACGGCAGACAAGAGGCCUCUGACUUGGAUUGAAGAGAGGGCGCCAGGAAUGAAACGCAAUAAGACGAUCAACUUCUGUUUCAAAAGCGGGUGCUUAGAAAGCUUCCCCGAAGCUCCCCGUGGGUCAGUUGGCCUCUUCAUGCAAGAUCUCAUCUUCUUUGCCCAAAAGCUCUUGGGCCACGUUUCCAAAGAGGAACUGGCAGCAGAGAAGAGGCGGAUUCUGCGGUGCCUUGACCUGGCCGAUGAAAUUCAAGCACACUGUGAGCGGACAGCCAAAAUCUACUCUUGAGACCUCGCCCUAUAGAGCUGCUACCGCUUGCACUCCCCAAAAGGUUGUGGUUUCACAACUUGUCGGACGCUCCAUUAAAACCCAGAAGGGUUUUUCUAACCAAUUCAGAUCCGUCCAAGUAUAUUGUGUUUUUAUAACAACUUGUGCUAGCCAUUAUAUUGCAUAAUAUGGUUUAAUCUGUUACUCAUUUCUAAAUCUAUUGUGAAUGCUGAUCUAAGAUUCACCAAAAAUGCCUCAUAGUUUCAUAGGCUGUUCUCCAUGUAAGACGGUAGCAGUGCAAACCUAAUAAUGCUUUCCUUGCAGUAACCCAUUUGAGUUGCCUUCUCUAAAUUUUGAGUAAAUCUGCUGAGGGCGGGGGUGGGGGGGGUGGGGCACUGUUGGAGUUUUACUGUGAGUCAGUUUUGCAUCUGAAAAUAUCUUCAUCUGAGGGCGGGACUGCGUGUGACGCAAAACACAAGGCUUCCGCUGAAAACAAGUAGCUCCGGGUUGAAUCCUCUGCUCAUAAUGCUGCGUCAGAUCACUCAUGUCCUUUCCCCGCUCCUUUCUUGACCUCAUUGGCUGCCACUGGGAGGGGAAGAAGAAGCAGAAGAAGAAGAGUCGGAUUUAUAUCCCGCCUUUCUCUUCUAUAGGAGACUCAAAGGGGAUUUCCCUUCCCCUUUCCCAACAAACACCCUGUGAGGUAGGUGGGGCUGAGAGAGCUCAGAAGAAGUGCUAAGAGGGUGACAUGGAUAAAUCUGGCUCAGCGUUAUAACGCCGUGGUGGCAAACCUUUGGCACUCCAGAUGUUAUGGACUACAAUUCCCAUCAGUCCCUGCCAGCAUUGGCCAUGCUGGCAGGGGCUGAUGGGAAUUGUAGUCCAUAACAUCUGGAGUGCCAAAGGUUCGCCACCACUGUUAUAGGGAUCCAUGGGACAAUACUAUGCAGGGCUGCAGUCUUCUGUAGCAAACCUUGCCAAGUGUUGCAUGAAAAUCAUCAAUCUAUGCAAGACACAACUGGCUAGAUAUGAACAAAUGUCCUCCCCCAUAACUGUCCCCUGGAUUCAUUUUGCCUUACAUUCCAUUCCUCCUGAAUUCUGGUUUAAUUAGGAGAAUUUCUAAAAUUAAUUCUGGAACUGGAGCGUGCACAGGUUGCUAUGGCUUCCGUUCAUUUCCCUCCCAUCAUUUUUUUCCUGCCACUUUUUUUCUCCUUUUUGUCCCUGAAUAUUUUCAUCGCUAAAACCCUGCAAAAAGCAAUCCGGACAGGAUUGCACUAUGAUUUACACCAAGGUUCUGUCUUUGCUGUGGUUGCUUCCGCUUGCAUACAAGGCACUAUUAUCACACUAUCACUAUGAAUCUUGAGACAGCAUUAAAAUGUUAUUUGGCAGUGCUUUAGCAAUGUGCGCAAGGUCAUCAGUAAUGUAGGGUGGACAGAAAAGACCUGACGCUCAGAAAAACUUGGGCAAAACAUAUACGGUGCUCUGUGAUAAACUGAAAAAUAAAAAAAUCUGAACGGUCCAGAAUUCCUAAUGGAUUGGUUUAAGUUCUGAAAGAAGACUAAAUUACUGAGGGCCAAAAUAUACAAUACACCCAAGUCGUGUCAGGUAAUGAGUGUGUAACUGUGCUCACAAGCAGAUGUGCAUGGAGGCCAGAGAAAACUCACUUUAAGCAAAACUCUUCAUUUGGCUCUCUGUGGAAAUACUGCAAAGAGAAGGAGGUUCCACUCCCUUCCACACCUCUUUCUCCAGUGGACAUAGCAGCACUGUGGUCGGGAUUUUGUCCCUUUUCUCUUGCUCCAUAUGUCCUUCCAAGGGUGAAAAGUACCCUCCCCCUUGCAAUUUCCAGUGGCAAAAAAUGGGGUCAGAGGGAAACCAGAGGCUUCUUCUCCCACCCCACAGCACUGAGCAAAUGAGUGCUAUUUAGGAUGACUUUCUCGAGGUACAUCUGACUGCGAGUCCAGCAUUCAUCCACCACAGGACACUUGUUGGGUGUAUUAUGUAUUUCGAUCCUGAGAAUUCCAAAUUUAGGAUGGCCUUUCCUUGCCUGUUCUCUAAGUGCCAUAAACAUGUGCAACAAAUUCUAAUAAUUGGAGAUCUGAAUUUGAGUGCAUUGUGGGGCAGGAGUAUCCAGGAGGUAGCAAAAGAUUUAUACUAUUGUGCAAAUACAAGCAGGAUCCCCGCCCCUCCCCCCCCCAGCCUGCCCAACCCCAGCUUCGUCAUCUCAAUGACAGCAACAGCUUUCCCAUCUUGCUCGAUUCCAGUUUCAACAUGGCAGCAGCCCAGUUCAAUCGACCCCAGUUUAGCUGUAGCAGAAGAGAAGUAGGAGAUGUAUCUCUGCUUAUGCAGACAAUGCUAAUUUAGGCAUUUCUUGCCACCAUCCACCCCCCGCCCCCCAGUUUUUAGGCUUUUCUGUGAGCCUGAGGGGUUUGCCAAAUUUGCUGAAAAAUGUGCCUUUUGACAGUGUGGCCCCAAUCUGCAGAUUUAAGUAUCCACCAAUAGAGCCACACUUCAUUGGAAUGCUGUUAGGAUAUUCAUUUGAUUGUUUCCAGUGAUAUGUAGCAACAGAUUGGAUGCUGCGGGGGCCGGAGGAACCUUUCCCUGACAACAAAUGAAGGCUCUCUGGCAUGAGGGAGCUAUUGUUUCUGCUAGAGCAAAGUUCCUCAGCUAGUGGAAUGGAUCCAUUAUGUCGUGUGUGUCCAUUAUUGACUUGCGUUGAUACUGCGGCAGCAAAGCUUUUUCCUUAAGUUCUAUCCUCCAAAAAAGUGUUGUGGAAAGUGUAUUCUACUUGCAGAUCUCAAUAAAAUGGCGUUACAGAUUUCUUCA